AUGGGUUUCUUUCUACUGGUCUUAGUAGUUGUCGAACUUGUAACUUCACGUUGGAAUUUUUGGCCAAAAUUUUUUGCCGUUUUUCAAUCUAGAAAAUUCAACACUGUAUUAUCACUUCUACUGGCAUUAAUUUUAACUGGUGCUGGUUUUGCUGUUACACGUUCAGCCCCAGUGAUAAAUCGGGUAAAUGUAAAAAUUCGUGACCUUCCCGCAUCACUUGAUGGUUUCACUAUCGUUUUACUAACUGAUAUUCAUAUUGGACCUACCGUUGAUCAGAAACGGGUUAGAGAAAUUGUUGAAAAAACAAAUGCAUUACACGCAGAUAUGGUGGCUAUUUCCGGUGAUUUAGUUGAUGGAUUCUUAUCAAAUUUGGUACAACCUACUUUGCCCCUAGCAGAAUUACGAUCGAAGUUUGGUGUCUAUUAUGUUACCGGUAAUCAUGAAUACUAUUAUGGUGAUACGAACGAAUGGUUACAUUAUUUCACGACGAAAUUUAAUAUCACUGUUUUGCGUAACGAAAAUCGUAAUCUCUGUUCGAGUAGCGGUGAUUGUAUUUGUGUUGCUGGUGUGGAUGAUUUUUUCACAGAGAAACUUCGAAUCUCUGAUCAUCAUAUGGAUGCAGAACGUGCAUUGAGUGGUUGUAGUGAGACACAACCUACGAUAUUAUUGGUACAUCAACCAAAUGGUGCUUCUAAAAUUUUACGUAAUACUAAGAAACGAAUUGAUUUGAUUUUAUCAGGGCACACACAUGCUGGACAGUUUUAUAUCGUAUGGUUUCUUGCAUAUCUGAAGAAUGAUUUCUUAUAUGGACAUUACAAAAUUAAAAAUAGAGACACUCAAAUUUACGUGUCAUCUGGUGUGAAUUAUUGGGGUCCACCAGUAAAAAUGUUAAACUUAUGCGAAAUAACUUUACUGACGUUACGUGCAUGA